AUGGCGGAGAUCGAUAUAGCUCUAAAAGACUAUGACAAAGCACUAUUCAACUGCAGCAAAAUAUUUGGUUUUCCAGCUGCGAGCGUAAAGAACAUCGAACAAUUAAGCCAGUGGAUUGAUGAUUCACAGCCUUUGGAGGCGGAGGAACAACGAUUUCUAGAAGAUCGAUCCGAUAUUAUUACUCUUAGGGAAGAUCUUCUCGAGCGAGGGACACAGCUAAAGCUUGCGGGUUUCUUAGCAAAGAAAUAUCUUACCUCAGAUAGCGACCCUCGAAAUCAUUUAAAUUCUGAUCCAAACGUGUACUAUAUUCCCGACGAUGGGGUUUUGAAAAUUGCAGGAUUUCUCAAGAUUGUCGUGCGAGUCGUUGUCACUAUCACAGCUGCAGCAACACUCCUCAUUCCAAUUGUUAUCCUGUGUUUUGUAAAGACCCCCCGAUGGCAAAUGUUCACGAUUGUGAUUUCUACUCUUACCUUCUCUGCGGCUGUAGCUUCAACUCGUGCUUCAAAUGGAGAGAUAUUUGGCGCUACCGCUGCGUACGCCGCUGUUAUGACUGUGUUUCUCGGGAGUGUUGUCAAUUCUUCGACUUAA